AUGGAGAAACCAGCCAGGAAGAAACGACUGGCUCCACGAUCGCGCUCGGGUUGUCUCCCUUGUCGAACGCAUCACCGGAAAUGCGACGAACAGCACCCAGUCUGUAGUUUAUGUCACAAACACCAACGGGACUGCGAAUAUGGCCUAAGAGUCUCAUGGGGAAGCAGGCCGUUCCAUAAGUCGUCUUUUGUGCAGUAUCUAUCAAAGCGAGAGCACCCCAAUUGGCUGUAUCGAUUCGAUGCGCGCUGGCGGACAGCACACCUAGUUGAUACCAAGAACAAGGAGCAGUUUGUUUACGGGCUCAUUCAACCGAGAGAGUCUCCAACGUGUGCUAUAGAAACACGGGAGGCCCUGGCCAUUCAACAGCAAACCCCGAUGCCACCUACGACUGCGAGGCCGUCCUUCUUGCCCGAUCUUCCGCCGACGUACCGAGCGCUCUUUGAUUACUUCACACGAGUUGCCGAAUUCUUCUCGUGCGACGAGUUGGUCAAGGCCGAUUUCCAUGCUACCUUCAUACCAAUCGCGACUACAACUUCCCAUGUUAUGGCUGCCAUGCUCAACCUUGCUGCUGUGCAUCGGGCCAACUCGGAUGGGAAACAGGAUGUCAAACAGAUGGCGCACCUGCGAUUAUUCGCGGUUCAGCAACUCCGGGGGAAAAUAGCGAAUCCUUCCUGUUCACCAACCGAGGCUAUCUUGUCGACCAUUCUGCUCUUUUGCUUUGUGUCUCUUGUCGCCCUCGCGAAUGUUUCCGGGUAUCCCCCUUCCGAAGCUGUCUCUCAACUCGCGAUGAAAAUAACCCGGAGCAACAAUGAGAGAGGUACAAUUGAUGAGUUUACUGCAUACUCAACAGACCUGGUACAGGUCCUGAUUGAGCUUGGUACAUUAUUGAGGAAGCGGAACUUGGGCGGGCUGAAAACUGGCUCUCUGCAAAUGAGGGCUAUGAACCUUGCCCAACGACUACACCAGAUGCUUGAUCGAGGAACAGGAAAUUUCGGAGACAGAGAUUCCCUUCAAUUAUCUUCUGCUCGUCAAAAUGAGUAUAUACGCGAAGACGAAGCAUAUCAUCAAGCACUUUUGGUUCACAUCUAUCAGCGCCUACGCGGAAUGCCGGCUUCUUCAGGUGAAAUCCAAGCCAUUGUCCGGAGGCUAUUGGAUCUAGUAUCAUCUAUUAAGCUUCAUGAAGGACCUUGCCCGGGAAUUGUGCUUCUAUUUCCCCUCUUCUCUGCCGGUGUCGGUGCAGUGCAUUCAGAGGAUCAACAGCGGAUCCGGGAUCUGCUAACAGGAAUGAUGGGCAAAUUCGGUCUUGGCAAUGCCCAGCAGAGCCUUAAGUUGUUAGAUGCUCUCUGGUCACAUAGGGAUGCGCACGGCGAGUCAGAGAUGAAUGUUACAUGGGAAGGGUUUAUCGGUGAGUCCCAAGCGAACCGACUUCGUCACUUAUAA